AUGAAGGAAAAAAGUUAUAAUAAAGAUAAAAAGAAUUUCAAGCCUACAUCAGUAAGUUCUCCUAGAAAAGUCGUGAUUAACUAAUAACAGCCACUUUCUGAUAUCUAGGAGCAUAGUCAACCAUUAAACAGCAAUCAAACUGACAUAAGAUAAAAUUCUUAGUUGAAAUCCUCACAUAGUUAAACCAAAUUAGGAUUUGAUUUUAGCUCAAAGACUCUUUAGUAGUUUUUCCCUAAGCCAAUUCACCCUUCAAGAGUUUAGAGCAAUAAUAUAUCCUAACAAUCCAUAAGGAGAUAUGGAAGUAAUUCGAAUUUCUCAAAUAUUAAGGCGUAGACAUCAACAAAUUUCUAUAAAGAGCACCGAAAGAGCCAAGAUUUCUUAAUCGAAAUUCCCCAAAGUAGAAAGAAAAUUUUUUCUAAAGAUAAUAACGAAGACCUAUGGAGUAAUGAAGACAAUCAAAAGAUAGUUGAAAUUGUUUAAAAACUUAAGAAUCAUGCUAACUUUGAUGGAUAAAUACUUGAAAAUGAUUAAGCGUUGAAUAGUCCUCAUAACAAUAAUAUCUUUAACACUCUUGAUAAGAGAGUCAUACUUUAAUAAAACAUAUAAUUGCUAAGUAGAUCUGGCUCAGCUGCUUCUGUUGCUACCAGUAUAAAUUUCAAAAAGGAAAGUAUUGAGAAUGUUAUUAGCCAAAUGAAGUAAAAGAUGGUUAACCAAAUCAUUAAUGAUAAAUUUGUCUAAUUUGAGAGAGACUUGGAAAGAGAUAAUGUUAAAAUAAAAGACCAUAUAAAUAAAGUGGAAAGUUAAUAAGAUUAAAAUGAACUAAAGCAUACAAUGGAGCGAUUUGAAGCACUACAUGACAUAGGAAGGAUAACAGUAUUUAAGGAAAUAAUCUUUCCAACUAAAAUAGAUGAAGUGAAGGCUUAGAUGAAGUCUUCAUUUUUUGAUUUAUAUACCAAACUUAUUAAGAAUUCGAUUAUGUAUGAAAAACUUUUUACAGAGCAUGUUCAUAUCCAUGAUAUCAAUUCCUCUGUAAUGACUAAUAAAAAGCCAAAGGAUCAUGAGGAAAAUAAGACCUAUAAAAUUGACUAUAAAAUGAGCCAGAGAGAAAAAAUUUAAAUGCUCUAUCAAUGGCUGAUGCAUAUGAUAAAGAGAAAUGUAGUGUCUAAGGAGAUCACAUAAAUUGAGAAACUAAGAAAUUCCCAAGUUAUCAUUUGCUACACUAUAGUAAAUUUGAUUGACCAAUUUAGUAUUGAGUGUAACGAGAAGGGAUUAUGCUUGGAAAAAUGUCUGCAAAUGUUCUUCUAGCUAUUUGAAACAUAUGAAUCAAUUAUUGAAAGGAGAGUUGAAAAGAAAAGAGAACUAAUUGAAAUCAGAGAAAGAGAAAAAAUCAUUGAUGAGUAUAGAAAGAAAUAUAUUGAUAUUUGUGCCAAAUAUGAUGCUUUGAAUGAUGAACAUAAAUCUUUACAAGAUAGAUAUCAGAAAUUAAAGAAGAGUGAUGAAAUUGUCCUGUCAAAGUUCAGAGUCCUUAAAAAUAUAUCUGAGACUUUAGGUAAUUAGAGUAUCAGAGACCUGAGAUAGAUAAAUCAAGACUAAAAAUAAAUAAGUAUGAGCCCUUAGAAAAGAGAUCCUCAAAUAAAUGUCAUUGAAGUGGAAAGUCCCGAGUUGAGUUUUAAAUAAAAAGAGAGUGAUGCCAUAGAUAAAGAAAAAAUAGAAAUGGAUCUUUUUGAAAGACUAGAGAAGUACUAUUAAGAACAGUAAAAGGAACUUAAGGACAAAUGCAUGAAACUCAUUAACAAGCAAAAAGAGGUGAUCUUUGAUGAAAGGUAGUUUAUCCAAAACAAACUAAUAGAUAAAAAGAGUUAAAUGACCACAGACUAAGCUUUAAGUCAUUACGAGAAUAAUCUUGAAAGCAUAAGAGAUUGUCUUGAUGCCAUUGAAAAUGUAUUCAACGAUUGUGGGUAUAUAAGUGAUGGAAGUGAUGACUCAUAUCAAAGUAAUUAAGAUUAGAAAUAGAAAAAAUAAGAUCCUUUGAGAGCACUCAGAAACAGAAACCACUUUUCUUCAAGUUUUAUGCUCCUACAAGGAGGAGGUAGUCCAGGAGUAUCUGUAAAAUAAGAUGAAAUACAAUUGCUAUCCUAAAAAGGAUAAAGAGUUAGAGAUUUGUACAUAAAACUCAGGGGAGAUAUCAAAUCAAGCUCUAUAAAUUCUAAUAGUGCUAAGGAUUCCCAUCGAAGAGCAAGCUAAGCUGUUUCUAAUAAUCUUUAUGAUAGAAGUUUCUUCAAUUUCGAAAAACAAAGCUCUUAUGGGAAUCUAGGAGUUUAUGGAAGUCCAAUGACUCAUAGAAAACUGGUAGAUUAGAAUGGUAUACCUAGAAGCAGAGGUUCCCAGCACGAGGUCACUAGAAAUAAUGCUAUUAAAGUCGAGAUGGGCUCUGUAACCACUACAAAUAAGGAUGAAAUUAAAAGUAUCAAAACUGGAAGUCCAAGUAACAGAAGUGAGACCAAUAAUUCUAUGAAAAAAAUGGGGACUAUUAAAAGAUAAAACUCUGAAAGAAAUAUAUAGAAUAUUAUCGACGAUGCAAAUCAGUAAAUUAUGUUUGAGGAUCUAUGCCUCUAGAAAUUUUAAAGACAUCCAGAUUAAAUUGUGGAGAUCGUCAAUCAAUUUGAGAUCAUCAAGAACAAGGAAACAAAAGAUGAGUCAAUGCAAGUAAAUUUUAAAGUUAAUGUAUUUGAUGAUCCCACUCCUGAUGAAGAUAUGGAGUUCUUAUAGAGUCUAGAUGAGGAUAGACUUUCUGGUCUCCUUGAUGAUAAUUACCUACCUCUAACUUUAAGACAUUCAAGUGCAAGCACUGACUCAUUAGAGAUUCUUAAAACUAAGAAGAUUAAAAGCAAUUUGAGAAAGCAAAAUACUGGGAAGUCUUAAAAAUAGAUAAUCCUAGAAAGUAUAAGUGAGAGAGAUGAAGAUGACAUCCAUGAUAGAAGCUUCUCUAAUGUUGAAUCAAAUAGGCAAAAUGCUCGAAUAAAUAAUGGUCAAUCGGUUUAAUAGUCAGAGUUCUUGAGCAUCGAACAAUAUUUGAAAUCUUAAUUUAAAAUGGAAGUCAAGAAACCUACUUCAUGGAUGUUAAAUUCAUUGCUAGAUCAGGAUCAAACUAAUGCGCUCUAUCUAAUUAAAGCAAAGAAAGCAAAAUUACAAAGAAAAAAAAGAUUGAGGAUGCUUAGGUAAUAAGUCGGAAGCACUGCUUAAUAAUUAACUCCUUCAAAUGCACCCUCAAGAUUACAAUCAAACAUCAUAAAUCAGUAGGAUUAGAUUUCAAACUCUGAUUACGAGGAUUAUCUUAAAGAAAUUGAUAUUGAGGAAUAAGAUAACAAGGAACAUUCAUUUGAUGAGGAGGUCUAUCAAAGUGAACUACCUAAGAAACUACUUUAAGCCACUGUUAAGUUCUAAAACAUGAUAAAACAUUUGCCAAAAGAUGAGUUUGGAGAUUUGAUAUACAAGGGAACAGACAUUGAGGAUAUAUAAUCUUAAAAACUCAGAGAUUUCGGGUUGAGAUUCCACAAAUUAGUUCAUAGACUAGCUUAAGAAAAAGUAGAAAAAGAGUAAACCUAGAAUGAAAAAACUCAGUAAGCCGACAAACCAGUCAAAACUUUUACUGAGAAAAAAAUCUAAACUACUUAGAGCUAUAUUAAAGAAAUGAAAAGGCUAGAAGAUUAGAAUAAAAGAGAUCAAGAAAUAAAAGAUAGUUCCUAAGGAAUGGAUUUCACAACUUAAGCCAAUAGAAGCUCCAAAAAAGUCAAAAGGCUUAAACCAUAGAUUUUUAUGCCUUUUAAUCUUGGAAGACCAGUUGAAUACUCAUCAACUGGAAAAUAACAUCAAAUAAGCAAAAAACAGAGAAUGGGUGAAGAAUGCAAACAGUAUUUCGAUCAAGUUAUUACUAAAAAUGAUUAACAGUUGAACAAGUAUGGUAUUGUUAAAAUCACUGAGAAAAAAUUGAAAGAACUUUUAGUUACAAUUAUGGAAAGCAAGGAUAGAGUUUUCAAGCUAGAACUAUUUUCAAGAUUUCUUGGGAUAUCUAAAAAGCAAUAUUCAAAUAAUGAUCUCUAUAUGUUUUAUAAGCUCAACCAGCUAUUUACUUUUAACGACGUAUUUAAAAACCAAAACUUUUUGAGAAGAGAAUUCUUCUUCGAUAACACCCAUUUAAAAUCAGAUUAGUGUCUACAUCAUCUCAAAAUGUACCUGUCUAAUAAGUUAUCUGGAGACAGGCUGCAUAACUUUAUUAAAAACUUCCAUAAAAUAGUUGCCAGUGAAAACAACAUAAAGCUAAACGAUAUCAAUAUUUACAAGUUGAAUUUGAAGGAACUGCAGGUUACAUGUGAGAAAAUAUAUGAAAUCUGCAUUGAUUCAUACAGAGAGGUCAAAUCAUAAAUCUGCCAGAAUUUGAUAUCUAGAGGAAUAGUGAGAAUACCAUCAAAUUUUGCUGGCUAAAAACUCAUAGUUAUAAGUGAUUAAGAUGAAGACCCACUCGAAGAAUAAAGCCAAGAUAACGGCUAUCAAGAGUAUUUACUGCAAGUAAUGCAAACAAUUUUCUACGAUUUUGAAGAGUUUGCCAGAAUUAUGAUUGAGGUUAAAGAGAAGCAAGAUUUUUCAAGAGAUAGCUUGAUAGUGAUGUUUGAUAGAGAGCGCUUGCUUAAGGGGGAUGAAAAGGGCAUCUCUUUAGAAUCGAUUAUUUCAUUUGUAUUUAAAUUUGAACUCAUGGCUAUUUGA